UGGAAUAAGUCUCCUUCAUUGUUGCUCGGCCGGACAGCAAUGACUGGCGUUUCGUUGCGUAAAUUCAGGGAAUUGAUAUUAUCCGGUACAUCGCAGUUAUCUGUGCAACCACAAACGGGUUCGUUGAGAAGCUGGCAUUAACAGCAACGUGCUCACUUUUGUAUGGGACCCGGAAGACACUUGGCCACAGAACGCGCAAAGCAAGCAUUGAUGGAUCGUUGCCUCCCACAGACGGCAUGUAUAUCACAUGGAGAGGCACUUUCACAGAGGCGAUGGAAGGGACGUCCGGUGAAAGAGAAAGUAGCGCUGAGCCUCCCUGGUCCACGGCUUCAAGAGGCAAUUCAAGAUUCGUCUCACCCCAGACUUUGAACGGAGGCAGAUCUCCAUCUUGCCGUCGCUGCUCUAGCUCAUAGGGAUCAAAGAAGAAGGCGGAGGGCAGACUCGUACCCAGUCGUCGUCGCUCCGUGGACGCGCACUGCGCACACGCAAUUCCCGCUACUCUGUAGCGGGU